UAGACCAACAUGCCGCUGGUGAAGAGGAACAUUGAGCCCCGGCAUCUCUGCCGUGGAGCGUUGCCAGAUGGGGUGACCAGUGAACUGGAGUGUGUCACCAACAGCACCCUGGCGGCCAUCAUCAAACAGCUGGGCAGUCUGAGUCGUCAUGCAGAGGACAUUUUCGGAGAGCUGUUUAAUGAAGCCAACAGCUUCUACCUGAGGAUGAGCAGCCUGCAGGAGAGAGUGGACCAGCUGGCUGUGAAGGUCACCCAGCUCGACUCCACAGUGGAGGAAG